AUGCCAUCUAUUAGAAUGAUGCUUGCACAUGAAUUUGGCAAUGAACAUCGUAGUGGUUCAAACAACAGAUGCAUUCAUUGUGCUCAUCUACAAUGCAAAGAAGGUGAAGUUGAAGAAGACGAUAUUGAAGUAGUAGUUGACGAAAAAGACAUGAUAAAAGAAGAAAUUGAAGUCGAAGAAAUUAAACAAGAAGAAAUUAGAGAAAAAAAUGAUUUUUCAAUAUCCUCUUAA